AUGGUGUACUGCUUUGACGAUGUCAAUCACAUGACGAACGAAGGCUCAGCAAGGAUCCAUUGGGGUCGCAUUGCGGUGCUCCGAGAGCCUAUUCGCGCAAAGCUACAAUCACAGCUCCAAGGCAACCCCCCACAGCUUCUGGUGGAACCAACUUACGAAUCCCUUCCACUCGCCUCUUCACAUGAAAUGAAAAUCGUUUGUCUGUCAUCCAGCUUCGGCCACACACACUUAGCCGCUACGAGUGCAGGACCCUGCAGCACAAAUACUGCCUCAGGCGCACGCGAUCUCUCUCUUUUUUGCUCGCCCUCUAACUCAAAUAGGCCCGAUCGAUCGCGAAGUCUGCCAGUCUCAGCUCACAAGCCUUGCUUUUUGACUGGCCAAUGGAGAAUCGGCAACUUGGUUGGCUCUCAAAUUGUGCCUCUUUUUUUGCCUGAGCAUAAACUCCCGGUCGAGGGUUGUUUCUGCGACUCGGCUGGGCCGGAGAAUCGUGGGGAAAAUGUCGUAACGGCGUCAAAAAGCCUGCCUACGGCUAACUUUAUACAUCACGUACACUUCUUGCUCCAGCAUCUAUUUCAGCCAUCCGCAAGCAUGAAGUGGCCAGUCAAAUGA